AUGGAGCGCGAGCCGACGGCGGCCGAGGAGCUCCCGUGGCCGCGGCGGCCGCGACGGCGGAGGCGGAGGCGCCGGGAGGGCCGGACGCGCGUGGUGCGCUCCAACCUGCUGCCACCCCCGGGUACCGAGGACUCCGCGGCGCGCGCGGCCAAGGGCGAGCGGCGGCGGCUGCGCGGGUGUGGCCAGCACCUGGCUGACAACAGGCUCAAGACCACCAAAUACACGCUGCUGUCCUUCCUGCCCAAGAACCUGUUCGAGCAGUUCCACCGGCUGGCCAACGUCUACUUCGUCUUCAUCGCGCUGCUCAACUUCGUGCCGGCGGUGAACGCCUUCCAGCCCGGCCUGGCGCUGGCGCCUGUGCUCUUCAUCCUGGCGGUCACGGCCUUCAAGGACCUCUGGGAGGACUACAGCCGCCACCGCUCCGACCACGAGAUCAACCACCUGGGCUGCUUGGUCUUCAGCAGGGAAGAAAAAAAGUACGUGAACCGAUUUUGGAAAGAACUCCGUGUGGGAGACUUUGUGCAACUUCGCUGCAACGAGAUCAUCCCUGCGGACAUUCUGUUACUCUCCUCCAGUGACCCGGAUGGGCUGUGCCACAUUGAGACUGCCAACCUGGAUGGAGAGACCAAUCUGAAGCGGCGGCAGGUGGUUCGUGGCUUCUCAGAACUUGUCUCUGAAUUCAAUCCUCUGACGUUCACCAGCGUAAUCGAGUGUGAGAAGCCAAACAAUAACCUGUCUAGGUUUCAUGGUUGCAUCAUCCACGACAAUGGGAAGAAGGCUGCAUUGUAUAAAGAGAACCUGCUACUGCGUGGGUGCACCAUCAGAAACACGGAGGCAGUUGUGGGCAUUGUCAUCUAUGCAGGUCAUGAAACCAAGGCUCUGCUGAACAACAGUGGGCCCCGCUACAAGCGCAGCCAGCUUGAGAGGCAAAUGAAUGGCGAUGUGCUCUGGUGUGUCGUCCUCCUCAUUUGCAUGUCUCUAUUUUCAGCGGUCGGCCAUGGUUUGUGGAUGCAGCGGUUUCAGGAGAAGAAAGCCUUGUUUGAUGUCCCUCAGUCUGAUGGCAGUGCCUUGUCCCCAGUCAUAGCUGCAAUUUACUCAUUCUUCACAAUGAUAAUAGUUCUACAGGUUUUGAUACCAAUUUCCUUGUACGUUUCCAUUGAAAUUGUGAAGGUGUGCCAAGUAUACUUCAUUAACCAGGAUAUAGAGUUGUAUGAUGAAGAGACAGACUCACAGCUGCAAUGUCGAGCUCUGAACAUCACAGAAGACUUGGGACAAAUACAAUACAUCUUUUCAGAUAAAACUGGCACCUUGACGGAGAAUAAGAUGGUUUUCCGAAGGUGCACUGUGUCAGGCAUAGAGUAUUCUCACGAUGCAAAUGCCCAGCGCCUGGCCAAAUACCAGGAAGCUGACUCAGAAGAGGAGGAAAUAAUGCCCAGAGGGACCGCAACGUCUCAGCGUGGAAGCAUUGGAAGCCACCAGAGCAUCCGGGUCAUAAACAGGAGCCAGAGCACCAAGUCCCACCGGCGCACUGGCAGUCGGGCUGAGGCCAAGAGGGUCAGCAUUCUGUCCAAGCACACAGCCUUCAGCAGCCCCAUGGAGAAAGACAUUACGCCGGACCCAAAGCUGUUUGAGAAAGUGAGCGAGUGUGACAAGUUCCUGGCCAUCUCCAGACACCAGGAGAAUCCUCUUGCCCAUCUCUCCCCAGAGCUGUCCGAUGUUUUUGACUUCUUCAUUGCCUUGACCAUCUGCAACACAGUAGUUGUCACGUCCCCAGAUCAGCCACGACAAAAGGUGAGGGUGAGAUUUGAGGUGAAGUCCCCUGUGAAGACGAUAGAAGACUUCCUGCGGAGAUUCACACCCAGCCGCCUAACCUCAGGCUGCAGCAGCAUCGGGAACCUCUCCACCAAGUCCAAUCACAAGUCAGGUUCCAACUUCCUGCCCAACCUGGCCAAUGACAGCACAAUUCUCCGUCUGGAUGAGAAGCUGGACCAGCCUGAACCAACCAUUGCCAGCAACGGCAUCAGCACACAGGCAGAUGGCUGGGCUCAACAGCAAACCUCACAUCAGGCUCAAAAGUUGGAGUCGGAGCAGGAGCGGGAACUGCGUUACGAGGCUGAGAGCCCUGACGAGGCAGCCCUGGUGUAUGCGGCCAGGGCCUACAACUGUGCGCUUGUGGACCGGCUGCAUGACCAGGUGUCUGUGGAGCUGCCUCACCUGGGCAGGCUCACCUUUGAGCUUUUACACACACUGGGCUUUGACUCCAUCCGAAAGAGGAUGUCGGUGGUAAUCCGCCACCCGCUCACCGAUGAGAUCAAUGUCUACACUAAGGGGGCUGAUUCGGUGGUCAUGGACCUCCUGCUGCCCUGUUCCUCAGAUGAUGCCAGAGGAAGGCAUCAAAAGAAGAUCCGAAGCAAAACGCAAAAUUACCUCAACCUGUAUGCGGUGGAAGGCCUGCGCACAUUGUGCAUUGCCAAAAGGGUUCUCAGCCAAGAAGAAUACGCUUGCUGGUUGCAAGGCCACUUAGAAGCAGAAUCCUCCCUGGAAAAUCGUGAUGAACUCCUCUUCCAGUCUGCCUUGCGUCUGGAGACAAAUCUGCACCUGCUAGGUGCUACUGGUAUUGAAGAUCGCCUGCAGGAGGGAGUCCCUGAAACCAUCACUAAAUUGCGUCAGGCAGGCCUGCAGAUUUGGGUUCUGUCUGGAGACAAGCAGGAAACAGCCAUCAACGUUGCCUACGCCUGCAAACUCCUAGAUCACGGCGAGGAGGUCAUCACUCUAAAUGCUGAGUCACAGGAAGCUUGUGCAGCCCUGCUGGACCAGUGCCUACAGUAUAUGCAGUCCCGGGGUGUCUGCAGCUCCACCCCAGAGAAGACGGAAGGCAACGUGACUGUAGGGUUCUCUCCUUUCUCCUCAUCCAACAUACCCUCUGCUACCACCCACAGUCCGUGCCUCGUGAUUGAUGGGAGGAGUCUAGCCUAUGCCCUUGAGAAAAGCCUGGAGGACAAAUUUCUCAUCCUUGCCAAGCAGUGCCGCUCAGUCCUCUGCUGUCGGUCAACCCCUCUGCAGAAGAGCAUGGUGGUGAAGCUGGUCAGAAGCAAGCUCAAGGCCAUGACCCUGGCCAUAGGUGAUGGAGCCAAUGAUGUCAGCAUGAUCCAAGUAGCAGAUGUGGGUGUUGGAAUCUCAGGCCAAGAGGGCAUGCAGGCAGUGAUGGCUAGUGACUUUGCGGUGCCAAGAUUCCGAUAUCUGGAGAGACUCUUAAUUGUUCACGGACAUUGGUGCUACUCCCGUCUUGCCAACAUGGUGCUGUACUUCUUCUACAAAAACACAAUGUUCGUGUGUCUCCUGUUUUGGUUCCAGUUUUACUGUGGCUUCUCUGCAUCUGCCAUGAUUGACCAGUGGUACCUUAUCUUCUUCAACCUGCUCUUCUCGUCACUUCCCCAGCUCGUGACUGGGGUGCUGGACAAGGAUGUGCCAGCCUGGAUGCUACUGUCUGAGCCGCAGCUCUACAGGAGUGGCCAGAAUAUGGAGGAGUAUCGGCCAUGUACCUUCUGGUUAAACAUGGCAGAUGCCGCAUUCCAGAGCCUGGUUUGCUUCUUCAUUCCUUACCUGGCCUAUUAUGACUCAGAUGUGGACAUGUUUACCUGGGGGACCCCCAUCACAGCCAUCGCACUGUUCACCUUCCUGCUGCACCUGGGCAUUGAAACCAAAACCUGGACCUGGCUCAACUGGAUAACGUGUGGCUUCAGUAUCCUUUUAUUCUUCUCCGUGGCCUUGGUUUACAACAUGUCCUGUGCAACGUGCUAUCCUCCGUCUAACCCAUAUUGGACCAUGCAGACAUUACUGGGCGAUCCCCUGUUUUACUUGACUUGCCUCAUAGCACCUAUCGCUGCGCUGCUGCCCAGAUUGUUUUUCAAAGCCCUCCAAGGCAGCCUUUUCCCUACACCACUUCAACUGGGACGCCAGUCAGCCAAGAAGAUCCCAAAGAUGUUCAACACUCCCAAAGGGAACUUUGCUCAGGAACCCCUCCAAGGAGAACAGAGAACUGAGGAUUCAGAGAGGACCAUCGGCCCCUGCAACUCCCUCUCUGGGGACUUUGUCUCCCAGGCUUCCUGGCACACACUGCAGCAAACCUGUUCCCCAGAAGCCAGUGGGGAGCCCAGCACAGUGGAUACCAUUGUGACAAUGAGGGAGGACCCCCUUCCAGAGGGGCUGAAUGCACAGACCCAAGGGUCUUCCAUGCCAGGACAGGCCAUUCCAGAAGACUGUCCUGGGGACUCCAAGAGGAAACCCAACAGUGCGGGCAGGGCAGCCCCCCUGUCGUCCCUCUUCAGCCUGCCCAACUUCAGUUCUCUCAACUGGAUCUCCUCCCUGUCGCUAGUCAGUGGGCUGGGCAGUGUUUUGCAGUUCUCCCGCAAUGGCUUACAGAUGGAUAAACGGGAUGGUGAGUUCCUGUCCAGUGCCCCGCAGCCAGAUCCAGACUUGCGUGACUUACCGGGACAGGCCACUGACUACUUUUAG